CCCUGCGCGCAUAAUUUUUUGAGAAGUGAAGAGGGAAGCGGUGGAAGCGCAUCGUUAUUCCGUAUCUGUGUUUUCCAGUUGUGCAUAACGAAUUCGAAACAAGGAAUUUUGGGAGAUUUUGAUCGUAUUGAUUUCACAAUUUAUUAUAUAUUUGAUAGCUGAAAUCGACGACUCAAGGUCUGUGUAGUUUUUAAACGCGUUCGGAAUCUAGCGGAAGUUGAAGUAAUCUUUUAAAAAUGAGCGAUACGGAUUUGAUAAACGAAAAGCAACCAAUCGUCAUUCAGGAUUCGAAUAAGACGAGCAAAUUCACGGAUGUAGCUGACGCUUUAGGUCACGGAAAUGGGCUUGAUCAUUAUGGUAACCGAAUCAAAGCUCGAAUGCCGGUCGAUCGGUACGCUUCCGAGUAUAACAUGAAUCAUCCGAAACGUGGCAUGGCACUAAUUUUCAACCACGAACAUUUCGAGAUCCCCCAGCUCAAGUCUCGAACUGGCACCAACGUCGAUUGUGAAAAUCUUGCCGCCACUCUGAAGUCUCUGGACUUUGAUGUUCGUGUCUACAAAGAUCUCAAGCUGAGAGACAUGCAGAAGGAAGUCGAAAGGGUUUCCAGCAUGGAUCAUUCCGAUUAUGAUUGCAUUUGCAUUACGAUUUUGUCCCACGGCGAGUUGGGUUACCUGUACGCGAAGGAUUGCCAGUACAAGCUAGACAUCAUAUGGUCGUACUUUACCGCGAAUCGUUGUUUGAGCUUAGCUGGAAAGCCGAAAAUAUUCUUCAUUCAGGCGUGUCAGGGCGAUCAACUGGAUUCCGGUGUUACGCUGGCAGAAAGAACCGAAACAGACAGCGCCGGUACGAUGAGCUACAAAAUUCCUGCUCAUGCUGAUUUUUUGAUUGCCUACUCUACAAUUCCGGGUUUCUACUCGUGGCGCAAUACCCAGAAAGGGUCCUGGUUCAUGCAGUCGCUAUGUCAAGAACUAAGCCAGCAUGGCAGAAAGUAUGACAUCCUUACACUGCUCACCUUUGUAGCUCAACGAGUGGCGUAUGACUUUGAGUCAAACACACCCGACAUUCCUAUGAUGCACCAGCAGAAGCAGAUUCCGUGCGUGACCACCAUGCUGACCAGAUUGUUGCGUUUCACCGAUAAGUAAAACAUAGUUAUGGAAAAAGUAUAUGUUGUCGAUGAAGCACAGCUGCACAGUUAGAAAAGAAAUUUAGAUUCAAAAUUAUUUACUCAACAAGUAUGCGGACCUUAAAGCGAGGCUUUGUCGCAUAUACAUUUCCAACUUUGAGAAUCUCAUGUUGGAUUUUUUUAAAUCAAGUAUCUACUUUUAUUACGCGAUCUACUUGACCUAAGUGAAGUGUUUCAAUUAUGAUUAUGGAUUCUCAUUAUUUUAUCUGUCUAUCUUACUUAAAUCUUUUUAAAGCUACAUCUAAUUGAUGUAUCAUGAUUUUCAACUGUGUCUCAUUUAAAUUUAAGUUUUAAAAUUAUGAAACAAUAACACUAACUAUUAGUACAAAAUACAACUACAUCAUUUUUAACAACGCAUCGAGUGGAUGAAUCUGGUUAUAUGAAAUAAAAUCAAACACAGAACUGCCCGUUUAUCUCAGAGAAAUACCAUAGGAAUUUUUCUUUCAAAAAAAUAGGUCUAAAAGAUAUGGGUGUGAUUAAAGAAACGAAAGACUUACUAAUGGACUGGUGAAAAAAUAAGUGAAAGUAGAGCAUUUUAAAAAUACUUAAAGGCCUUUCGGAUUACUAAAUUUAAAAUAACUGAGUAAAACAUUUUAAGUGGCAAUUAUUUUGAAGUUACAUCAGAAGAAAAAGACUUGUUGUAUUUCAGGUGAAAAGGCUCCAAAUUAGUUCGCAAAGAUCGCAUCGUAAAAUUGAAAGCAACUUCCUAUUAUGCUUUGGGAAAAAUAUCCAAUUGCUUUCAGGCGAUCGUUAAUUCAUUUCAAGACAAGAAACUGAUCGCCAUAUUUUCAAGAAAAAAUAGCUUCUAGUAUUAAACAUCAAUACAAGUUAGUUUCAACACGAUCAGAAAAAUAUAUUAAUAAUAAAAUAUA